GGAGAGACGUCAAGCUCCGCCCCUUGGAUAAAACGUCACUUCCGGUGGUGCAGCAGCCAUGUUAGCUUUCCGUGAGAAGAAGUGACUUCUCCAGACGUUCCGAUACCUGCAGUUCCCCGUGGAGCUGUCACCUACGGCGGCGCACCGGAGACCUGGCAUCCAACCCGUGGGCGAUCGGAGAGGAGUGGGCGUCAUCCACUACCGCUAUUGGGGGAGAUGUCGAGCGAGGAGAGCUACCUGGCCAUCCUGCGCUAUCUGACCAACGAGCGGGAGCCCUAUGCCCCGGGCACCGAGGGCAACGCCAAGCGCAAGAUCCGAAAGGCCGCCGCUUGCUAUGUGGUGCGGGCGGGCACCCUGUUUUAUCAGCGCAGGCACCGGGACAAGGAACGCUUCACCGAGCUGGAGGUGGUGCUGCAGUCGGAGCGCAGGAAGGGGCUGAUAGAGGAGGCGCACAUCGGGGCGGGAGGGGAGCACCUGACCCGGCACCAGACAUGGCACCUCCUGUCCCAGCGCUACUGGUGGAGAGGUAUUUUGAAACAAAUGAAAGAUUACAUCAAGGAGUGCAGUAAAUGCCAGGAGAAGGCAGACCGCUCACGCUCUUCGGCUGACCCCACAGAAAUGUUGGAGGAGUUUGGUCUUGAAGUGCGAUCAGACAGCAAUGAGACAGACGAAGAAGGCAAUAACACUGCAACCAGUGCAAAUGUGAAUCCUAAGACUAUUAGAAAGACGCCUGUGGCCAAACAUGAACUGGUUUUUGUUGAUAGUAAAGGCGUAGUGAAGCAGUCUUCUCCAAAGCACGGUCAGGCAGUGCUGGAUCAGUUGAACCAACAAAGACUUGCUAAUCAGUUCUGUGAUGUGACGCUGCUCAUCGAAGGUGAGGAAUAUAAGGCACACAAGUCAGUUCUAGCAGCCAGCAGCGAGUACUUCAGAGAGUUAUUCAUUGAAAAAGGAGCAGUCUCCAGCCAUGAAGCUUUUGUGGAUCUCUCCGGAUUUUGCAAGGCCAGUUUCCUGCCAUUACUGGAAUUUGCAUACACUUCGGACCUCUGCUUUGAUUUCUGCAGUAUGGCUGAACUUGCAAUGCUUGCUCGACAUCUCUUCAUGCACGAAGUGCUAGAAAUCUGUGAGACCGUUCAUAAACAGAUGGAGGAAAAGCAGCUCACUUUGUAUUUAAAGGGGGAUGUUCAAACUGUAGCUUCAGAAAAGAAGUUGCAUAAUGUCAAUAUAGAAGAGCCAGCAAAUGAUGGCGGUAAAACAGUGAUCGUAGUGGAAGAGAUUGUAAGCGAUCAACCGAUUUUAAAUCUGGACAAUGUGGAAUGUCAGGCCACAGAAGGAAUCGUAUCUGGAAACGACAUAACUGCAAAUGAAACUUUACAGCCAAGUAUGAUCUCAACACCUUUGCCUGUGGAGCCCAUGAUACAGCUGACUAGAGACAGUGAUAUUCCAUCCAGCUCUGUUGAUGGCACCUCAACAUUAUACAUUGCAAAUGCAUCUUCAGUCCUACAGCCUGUAGUUCUUGUUCCUGCAGUUAUUGAAGUUUCAUCAGUUGAGACAGAACCUCAGCAAACAAUGGAAAUAACUCCAGAAGUUAGUACUUCUGCUGCUGGAUGCUCAGAUUCCCAGUCAUCUCUUAUUGAUGCACAUCCAUCUGAGUCACAGAUGACGACAAAUUGUGGGACUGAAGGUAAAGACAAAGGACAUGAUGAAUGGCUGGGAGAGACCAGGUUAAGUGUAAGUACAUUGGAGACAGGUGUAGCCAACACAGUCAUUUCUCCAGGCUCUGCAUCUGUUGAGGAAAUGGAUACAGAAGUCAACAUCGACGUGGUGGAAAAUGAAACUCAGGAAAAAAUGAAAGAGUCUUUGAAGACGAAGAGUGUUCGGUUGCCUAGCUCUCCCAAAUCACCAGGUGUUGGAGGAGACCCAUCUGCAAUGGAAAUUGUAUCUGUUGGAGAAAGCACAUCUAUGCAGGAAUCUGCUGCUGUUGUUGAAGAGAGUACAUUGGUAUCCGGGUCUCAGUUAUUUGAAAUGAGUACGUCCGCACCAGAGAUUCCAGCCUCAUCAGAAGCGGGCCCUUAUAAAAGCAAACUGCGAGAACGCUCGGUGGGGGAAGGCGGAUAUAUCCAGAUGCACAGAGGAAAAGAGAAGAAGCAUUUAAAUAGACAGUCAAACCCAAAGUCUGCAGUCCAACAGGCUGCUAGGAAAUUGGUGCAGAGAGGCAAAAAAAGAAUGUUGCCGCCCAAGAAAGAAGAUGCAAAGGUGGAAGAGGAGCACAUAUGUAAAGAAUGUGGUAUGGUGUUUCAGCGUAAAUAUGCCCUGAUCAUGCACAGUGUGCAGCAUGACCGCAUCAAAGACUUCAAGUGUCCGUUGUGCAAGAAGGAGUUUCAGUACAGAGCGUCCUUACGGGCUCAUCUGAUCAGACACUCUCGUAAAACAGAACCAGCUGCUGUAGAAGCAGGUUUUCGAAUGACCAAAGGAAGAACAAAACGACAGUAUAUUUGUGAUAUUUGUGGAAGAACCCUGCCUAAAAUGUGCUCUUUGAGACUACAUAUGCUGAAACAUACUGGUGUGAAGCCACAUGCGUGCCAGAUAUGUGAGAAGACCUUUACUCACAAGCAUGGGUUGAAGAUGCACCAAGCCUUACAUGAAACACACAAACAGUUCAAAUGUGACAUGUGUGAUAAGUCAUUUGUGACAAACCGCAGUCUGCAGGAACAUAUCAGCACACAUACAGGAGAAACAAAGUAUCUUUGCACAAUGUGUGGAAAGACUUUUCAUAGAGCGUCCGGACUUAGUAAGCACCUUAAGAAGCACAGGCCCAAAGCUGAAGUUCGGGAAUAUCAUUGCACACAGUGUGACAGUAGCUUCUGUGAAGCCCGGGAUCUGCAGCAACACAUGAACAAGCACCUAGGGGUGAAGCCAUUUGAGUGUGAAAUUUGUGGCAAGUGCUACAGUUGGAAGAAGGAUUGGUAUUCCCAUGUAAAAUCCCAUUCUGUUACGGAGCCAUACAGAUGUAAUAUUUGUGGAAAGGAAUUCUUUGAGAAGUCCCUAUUUAGGAGACAUGUGAAUAAAGCAACUCACGGCAAGAAAGGGAGAAUUAAGAGAAAUAUUGAACGAGUCUGUGACCACUGUGGAAAAACAUUCACCCAGCUGAGAGAAUUCAGAAGACAUGUAAACAAUCAUGAAGGGGUAAAGCCGUUUGAGUGCUUGACUUGUGGCGUAGCGUGGGCAGACGCCCGUUCUCUGAAACGCCAUGUGAGGACACACACAGGGGAGAGGCCUUAUGUCUGCCCUGUAUGCAAUGAAGCCUACAUAGAUGCUCGGAAUCUACGUAAGCACAUGACCAAGUAUCAUAGCAACUAUAUACCCUGCAAGAUUAUGUUGGAAAAAGACAGUCUACAAUUCCACCACCAAGGAACCCAAGUUGAACAUGCUGUAAGCUUUGUGCCAAAUGAGCUAGAAGAAUCACAAUCUGAAAUUGUAACAGAGGAAGUUGAGACUGUUUUGCUAUCGGGAGAGGUGGUUGAUACCAUUGAAGCAGUUACUAGCAGCCAGGAAGGUGCUUCUGUGUCUUCACUUUCUGACCAAAGCAUCAUGCAGGUGGUAAAUUACGUACUGGCCCAACAGGGGUCUAAGCUUCCUGAUGGGUCUGAUGCCUUAGAGACUGUGGAAGUAGAAGUUGGCCAUGUGUCAGAGGUCCUAUGACAUCAAUAUGCAAUUAGCUGGAGCUGUAUAUACUGUAGCACUUACUCCAUGCCAAUAAAGUAUGUGACCCUCAUGUGUAACCAAAUACUUAAAUGGUUUGCUGCUUAUUUUGUGUAUUUGCAUAUACCCCUACUUGCAGUGGCCUCCUUAUAGUUGUAAUUACAAAACAUAAAGUACAAGCUGUAAUAUUUCGUUUUAGGUUAGGUUUUUGGACCUAUGUUUUUUUUUUUUGCACUUUAUUUGCAUUUCCUUUUCUAAAACUAUGAACAGAAUGUAGGAAUAAAUGAAUGUGCUCUUUGGUUUCUGUGAGGCAUAAGGAGUAACUUAUCUGUUAGAUGUUCAGUAGUUGCCUCGGUGAAGUGUACAUGAAGCCGUUAUGUACCUCGUUACAAAUAAACUAAUAAAAUACUCCAUAUGAAUAAAA